UAGUUUGGCAGCGCACGCAUGCGCCGUACUCUCAUCACCAGGGUACCAGCGGGAGGGGGUUUGCUGUAGUUUGGCAACGCGCGGCUGUACGGUGCGCGUUUCACCGAGGUGCAGAUAGCAGAAGGACCGUCACGCUGUGUGAUCGCUGCGUACCGGCGGCUUAUGUUCACCUUUAAACGAAGACAUCAAGGUCCUCUGCGACAGGAUAAGAAAAAGAAAAAUCUGUGAACAUGGACAGAAUAACACACUUCAUAAAUGACACUGUAGAAUUCUACCAGUGGAGUCUUACCAUUGCAGAUAAGCGUGUGGAGAAAUGGCCUUUGAUGGAGUCACCCCUCCCCACAUUGGCCAUCAGCUCCCUCUAUUUGCUCUUCCUCUGGCUGGGACCCAAGUUCAUGCAGCACCGGGAGCCUUUCCAGCUGAGGAAGACACUCAUUUUCUACAACUUCAGUAUGGUUGUGCUCAACUUCUACAUUUGCAAAGAGCUUUUCCUUGGCUCACGAGCAGCUGGGUACAGCUACCGCUGCCAACCAGUCAACUACUCAAAUGACAUGAAUGAAGUGAGGAUAGCAUCAGCACUGUGGUGGUACUACAUCUCCAAAGGUGUGGAAUACCUGGACACAGUCUUCUUCAUCCUGCGUAAGAAAUUCAACCAAGUCAGCUUUCUGCACGUGUACCAUCACUGUACCAUGUUCCUGCUCUGGUGGAUCGGCAUCAAGUGGGUGGCAGGGGGGCAGUCUCUCUUUGGGGCACACAUUAACGCAGCCAUUCACGUCCUCAUGUACUUGUACUAUGGCCUGGCUGCUUUCGGACCCAAGAUCCAGAAGUUCCUGUGGUGGAAAAAGUACCUGACCAUCGUCCAGAUGGUCCAGUUCCACGUUACAAUCGGACACGCUGCCCACUCCCUCUAUAUCGGCUGCAACUUCCCCCACUGGAUGCACUGGGCCCUGAUUGGUUAUGCCAUCACCUUCAUCAUCCUCUUCGCUAACUUCUAUUAUCAAACAUACCGGCGGCACCAGCCUUGUCGGGAAGCUUCCCCAAGGGGCACCAAGGCCGUCGCCAAUGGUGUCUCUAUGACAACCAACGGGCUGCACAAGAUGGAGGUGAUGAAGAAUGGGAGGAAGCUGAAGAAAGGGAAACCAAAGCAUGAGUAAAAUGAGCAGGAUUGGAGAGGCCUAGAUUUGGAGACCAGAUGGACGGUAGCAUUGUGAGAAGAGAGGAUGUGGACGAAUGUGGUCAGGGGCCCCACCUCUGCUGGCCCUACAUGGAAAUGUAACACUUUGUGGAUGGAUGGAUUAGUAUUGUCUUGGGGGAACGUACUUCUAACACCAGUGUCAUAGAAACAAUACAGGGGUCAUUCUGAUGAGGGGUCCUCCCUCUUUAUGGUAGCGUAAGGCCCGAGUCCAGGAGAUGUUCAGCAGAGUUGGGGAAUGACCACUGCGUUCCUCUGCCUCUUUUCCGUAUCUCCACAACCCUCUGGGCUCGGAUCUUCUCUCAGGCUUUUACAUGUUUGGAUCUCAUGAAUCAGUCGGUGAUGGUUUCAGGGGGUCUCACCUUAAUGGUCAUGUGAGAAUCGGCACACCGGUUAGGCACGUGCUCUGCUGUGUGUGUGUGAGCACAAGUUCACAGCUCAGCUGUGUCAUGGUUAGAAAGGAUAAACACUGUCACCUACCUGCAAACCAAAACUAUUUAAGUAUGACACUCAUUGGCCUCUGGCAAGCAAGGUAAUGUCAGUUAACCGCAUGAAAUUUAUAAAUAAAUUGUGUGACUAUGUUGAUCUGCAACCUC